AUGCGGGAUUUCAAAUUCUGGAAGGAUCCACAAACUUCUGACAAACUCCACACUCCUAUAGACUAUGAGUGGAGGGCGAUGGCACAGCGAAACGAGGAUGCGCGUGUCCCGAAAUUCGCGGGACUAGUUGUGAGUGUAUACAAGCCCAGCGAAACCCAACCGCCAAGGAUCCCUGUGCGAGACGGCCUUUCCUGGAGUGGGACUGUUGUUCUUACCCUGCAGCUGUCCAUUGCUGCCAUCCCAUGUGGACUUGUCGGUGACUGGGGCAUCCUCAUGAUCACCGCGGUCGGAAUCAUCCUGUCAUUUAAUCACCGGGUCCCUUCCCGCGGGUAUGGAACUCAGCAUGCGACCAUCAUCCUGGGGAACUGCUUCGGGCUGAAUCUGGAAGAUCUGGCCGUAGGUAGUGGUCUUGCUGCUGCGCUCAAGACGAACCCGUGGUUUCUACUAGCCAUUGGAUCUGUGGGGAUGAUUCACAAUAGGGAUAUGCCCAGAUGGUCUGGUAGGCCGGAGAAUUACGAGAUCCCUCUCGAGUUCGAAUGCGUUAUCGGGGAGCCGGAUGUAAUGUCCACCUUACUUGAAGUCGAGAGAAGGUACCAUCGUAUAGGGCGAAAUAUGCUGCGUGACUUGUUUCCCGCCCAACUGAGGCCCGACGAAGAGCGACAGUGGAACGACGUAGAAGAGGCCUGGAAGGAAAGAUAUGCGAAGGAAAGAGCACAGGAUCCCGUAACCCUCCUCGGUGCCUGA